GACCUGUCAUUCGGUCACAGCUACAUUCAAACCGAACAUCGCCUAGUUGCUAAGAGUUAAUACACACCGCUGUGCAUUUUUCGUGAUUAGUUUUAUUGGAAAAUUUGUAAAAUCAACAACAAAAUGAUGAAAAUGCAACCACAAAUCGUUUUGCUCAAAGAGGGCACCGAUACAUCACAAGGAAAGCCGCAAUUGAUAUCAAACAUAAAUGCGUGCCAAUUGAUUGUUGAUGCAGUCCGUACAACGCUCGGACCUCGUGGAAUGGACAAAUUGAUUGUCGAUUGUAACGGCAAAGCAACUAUUUCAAAUGACGGUGCAACAAUAAUGAAACUUUUGGAUAUUGUUCAUCCGGCUGCAAAGACACUUGUUGAAAUUGCCAAGUCACAAGAUGCCGAAGUUGGUGAUGGUACCACCAGUGUUGUAUUGUUGGCCGGUGAAUUUUUGAAACAAGUCAAACCAUUCGUUGAAGAAGGUGUUCAUCCACGUAUUGUUAUCAAAGCCGUUCGUCGUGCACUUCAAUUGUGCCAUGACAAAAUCAAUCAAUUGGCCGUAACAAUUGAUCGCGGAAAUCAAGACGAACAGCGUGCAUUGUUGGAGAAAUGUGCAGCUACUGCACUUAAUUCAAAAUUGAUUCAUCAACAAAAGGAAUUCUUUUCAAAAAUGGUUGUUGACGCUGUACUCCUUUUGGAUGAAUUGCUUCCAUUGAACAUGAUCGGUAUUAAGAAAGUAAGCGGUGGCGCAUUGGAAGAUUCACAAAUUGUAGCCGGUGUUGCAUUCAAGAAAACGUUCUCAUACGCCGGUUUUGAAAUGCAACCGAAAACAUACAAAAAUUGUAAGAUCGCUUUGCUCAACAUUGAGCUGGAAUUGAAGGCCGAACGUGACAAUGCCGAGGUUCGUGUUGAUAAUGUCAUUGAAUAUCAAAAAGUUGUGGACGCUGAAUGGCAAAUUUUGUAUGACAAAUUGGCUAAAAUUCAUGCAUCAGGCGCAAAUGUUGUACUAUCAAAAUUGCCCAUCGGCGAUGUGGCCACACAAUAUUUUGCUGAUCGUGACAUGUUCUGCGCAGGACGUGUUCCAGAAGAAGAUUUGAAGCGUACAAUGAAGGCUUGCGGUGGUGCCGUUAUGACCACUGUUAACGAUUUGGACGACAGUGUUUUGGGCAAUUGUGCUUUGUUCGAAGAACAACAAAUUGGCGGUGAACGAUUCAACAUUUUCCAAGGUUGUAUCAAUGCUAAAACAUGCACAAUGAUCUUGCGCGGUGGUUCAGAGCAAUUCUUGGAAGAAACUGAGAGAUCAUUGCACGAUGCCAUUAUGAUUGUUCGUCGUACAAUCAAAAAUGAUGCAGUCGUUGCUGGUGGCGGUGCCAUUGAAAUGGAAUUGUCAAAGAUGUUGCGUGAUCAUUCACGUACAAUUGCUGGAAAAGAACAAUUGUUGAUCGGCGCUAUUGCCAAGGCAUUAGAAAUUAUUCCACGUCAAUUGUGCGAUAAUGCUGGUUUUGAUGCAACAAACAUCUUGAACAAACUUCGUCAAAAACAUGCGCAAGGAAACGCUUGGUACGGAGUCGAUGUGACCAAAGAACACAUUGCUGAUAACUUCGAAGCAUGCGUCUGGGAACCGUCAGUAAUUAAAUUGAAUGCAUUGCAAGCAGCCGGAGAAGCAACCUGCCUCAUUUUAUCCGUAGACGAAACAAUCAAGAGUCCCAAAGCUGGAGGUGAAGCACCACCCAUGAUGCCUGGCCGUGGUAUGGGACGACCAAUGAUGUAAUGUUUUCCGAAAAAAACCAUAACGUCGCAAAAACGAUCAAUAAAUUACAUCUGAUUAUAAUAUGUUUAAAACACAAUUUGAAUAAUAUCCAGUAUAACAUCGGUCAUCAUCUAUUUUUCUUUCACAUGCAUCUCUCAGCGAACUUUUGCUUUGGUAUUACAAAAUAAAAAAACACCCGAAAAUUAAUAAUUUGUACUAAUUUUCAAUGCAUUUAAUCAUGUGAAUCUUGCACCACAAACAUAAAUAAAAAUAACUUAAACCAAGUAAAAA